AUGGAGGGAUCUGCCGCGGAGGAGCUGGAGGCCGCGGAGAGGGUGGUCAUGCGGUGGGACUCCACGGCGUCGGCGGCAUCCUCGUCCGGCGGGGGCGGGGGCGGGGACGACCAGAUGCUGUUCGACGGCACCGCCGACCGCGCCGAGGCGGAGCGGUUCCUCCGGGCGGUGGACGACCUCCGCCGCCUGGCGCCGCCGCCGUCGCCGGCCUCCGCCGGCAGCCCGCGCCGCGCCUCGUCGGCGGGCGGCGCCGCCGCCUGCACCGCCCUUCAGGUCGCCAUGGCGCGGCUCGAGGACGAGUUCCGCCACGUGCUGUCGGCGCGCGCGCUCGACCUCGAGAUCGAGGCGCUCGCGGGCCUCAGCUCGCUCUCGAUGUCCAGCAGCGACCGGAGGAACUCCGACGCCACCGAGGCGGCGGCGCCCGCUGGGGACGACGACGACAGCUCCGUGACGUCGUCCUCCGUCGGCAGGCGCAGCAGCUACCGCUCCCUGCAGAGCAUCCGCGAGAUCGACCUCUUCCCCGCGGACGCAAUCGCCGACCUCCACGCCAUCGCCUCCCGCAUGGCCGCCGCGGGCUACGGCCGCGAGUGCGUCCAGGUGUACGCCUCCGUCCGCAAGCCGGCCGUCGACUCCGCCCUGCGCCGGCUCGGCGUCGAGAAGCUCAGCAUCGGCGACGUCCAGCGGCUCGAGUGGGACGCCCUCGAGGCUAAGAUCCGCCGCUGGAUCCGCGCGGCCCGCGCCGCCGUCCGGGGCGUCUUCGCCAGCGAGCGCCGCCUCUGCUUCCACAUCUUCCACGACCUCCCGCUGUGCACUUCCACCGCCACCGCCACCGCCGCGGACGACGCGCCCUUCGCUGAGGCCGUCAAGGGCGCGGCGCUGCAGCUCUUCGGCUUCGCUGAGGCCAUCAGCAUCGGGCGCCGCUCCCCGGAGAAGCUGUUCAAGAUCAUUGACCUCCACGACGCGCUCUCCGAUAUGUUGCCUGACAUCUCCGACAUCUUCGCCGCCUCCAAGGCUGCUGAGUCGAUAUACGUGCAGGCCGCCGAGAUCAGGUCGCGGUUGGCCGAUGCCGUGCGUGGGAUACUCUCGGAGUUUGAGAACGCCGUGCUUCGCGACCCAUCCAAGACUCCAGUGCCCGGCGGCACCAUCCACCCGCUCACUCGCUAUGUUAUGAAUUACAGCACCCUCAUUUCGGACUACAAGGCCACCCUCUCUGAGCUUAUCAUCUCACGGCCAUCAGCUAGCUCCCGGACUGCUGCUGAGGGCAAUGAGGCUACACCGGCCUUCCCUGAUCUUGACCCGGCCGAUCUUGACAGCAAGUUGCCCCUUGCCACUCAUCUUGUCUGGAUUACUGUUGUUCUUGAACACAACCUUGAGAGCAAGGCGUCACUCUACAAGGAUGCAGCACUGUCUCACUUGUUCCUUAUGAACAAUGUGCACUAUAUCGUGCACAAAGUAAAGGAUUCAGCUGAACUUCGGGGGCUAAUUGGGGAUGAGUAUUUGAAGCGGCUCACAGGGAAAUUCCGGCAGGCAGCUACAAGCUACCAGCGAACUGCAUGGUUGAAGGUCCUGAAUUGUCUCAGAGAUGAGGGCCUCCAUGUUAGUGGUGGCUUUUCGUCUGGGAUAUCCAAAUCGGCACUACGGGAGCGAUUCAAGGCUUUCAAUGCUGCAUUUGAGGAGGCACACAGGGUCCAGUCUGUGUGGUAUGUGCCAGACACACAACUGCGAGAAGAGCUUAGGAUCUCAAUUUCGGAGAAGGUGCUCCCAGCGUAUCGAUCCUUCCUUGGCAGGUUCCGGCAUCACAUAGAGAACAGCAGGCACCCUGAGUUGUACAUCAAGUACACAGUUGAGGAUCUUGAGAUAGCAAUGGCAGAUUUCUUUGAGGGAUCUCCACCACCACCGCAUAACAGGAGGAGAUCUCAUGGAUGA